GUUUGCGGCUUGGUCGCGGCGCUUCCCCGGAGGGCCCGGCGGGGCGACGCGCUCCCGGGAGACGUUCCCGGCCUGAAUUCGCCCCAGCUGACCUUCCACUGAGUUCCGCGCCGCCGCCGCCGCGCCUGUCAGGGUGGGCUGGCGUCGCCCUUCCGGGAUGAUCUAGCCGCCGCGCGAGCGUAGCUGAUUGAAAUAGGGCGGUGGCCCGGUUCGUGUUCCGGCGUGGCUUCUGUCGGUCUCCGUGACAGGGGUGCGCAGCACAUAACCUGUUCAAAAGGAAGUCGAGGAGUAGGUAUGCGGUAAACAGUAUUGGUGAGAAUGUAGAAGAUCCAGAUGGAGAUUCCAGGUUUUCAGAUGUCAUUCUGGCAACAAUUCUAGCCACUAAAUCAGAUAUGUGUGGCAAAAAGUUUGAGCUGAAGAUUGAUAACAUCCGUUUUGUUGGGCAUCCAACUCUGUUGCAGCAUGCCUUUGGCCAGGUAUUGAAGACAGAUCCCUCUCCCAAGAGGGAGAUGCCCACCAUGAUUCUCUUCAACGUGGUCUUUGCAUUAAGGGCCACUGCGGAUCCCUCGGUGAUCAGUUGCCUACAUAACCUUUCCCGGCGCAUCGCCAUUGUGCUUCAGCAUGAAGAGAGACGCUGCCAGUAUCUCACCAGGGAGGCCAAACUUAUCCUGGCCAUUCAAGAUGAAGUUUCAGCCAUGUCAGAAACAAGAGAUGGCCCUCAGUCGCCUUUCCCUCACAUUCUUCCCAAAUGCAAGCUGGCCAGAGACCUUAAAGAGGCUUAUGACAGUCUCUGCACAACAGGGUUGGUCCAGCUACAUAUCAACAACUGGCUGGAAGUGAGUUUCUGCCUGCCUCAUAAAAUCCAUGAUGUGGCAUCCAAUUUCAUCCCCCCAGAAGCCAUUGAAAGGAGCUUGAAAGCUAUUCGGCCUUACCAUGCCUUAUUGCUACUUAAAGAUGAGAAGUCCCUCCUCAGCGAAUUGCCCCUGGAUUGCUCCCCUGCCCUGGUGCGAGUGAUCAAAACUGCCUCUGCUGUGAAGAACCUUCAACAGCUGGCCCAGGAUGCUGACCUGGCAUUGCUCCAGGUGUUUCAGCUGGCUGCACAUCUGGUCUACUGGGGGAAGGCCCUCAUGGUCUAUCCCCUGUGUGAGAACAAUGUCUACAUGCUGUCCCCCAAUGCCAGUGUCUGCCUUUACUCCCCUCUGGCAGAGGAGUUCUCCUGUCAGUUUCCAGGCCAUGAUCUGCCCGCAGUUCUGUCCAAGUUCUCCUGGCCAGUUUCUCUGUCUGAGUUCAAGGACCCUCUUGCUCCAGCAAUUCAGGAGACACAUCUCAUCCGGAUGGUGGCCUGGAUGCUCCAACACAGGCUUCUCAUCCAGCUGCACAGCUACGCCUGCCUAAUGGUUCCCCCAAAGGAAGAGGAGGAUGAGGAAGAGGAGGGUUUUCGAGCCAGAAUAGAAGAGCUACCCUUUCCUGCCCGAGUUGGCGGCCGAAGCCUCAGCACUCCCAGUGCGCUCAGUUUUGGUUCUCCAACUAGCAGUGAUGACAUGACCCUGACAAGUCCUAGUAUGGACAACUCCAGCGCAGAGCUGUUGCCUGGGGGGGAGUCUCCAGUGAACAAGCGCAUGACGGAGAACCUCCUGACAAGCCUCUCAGAGCAUGAGCGGGAAGCAGUUCUCAGUGUCCCGGCAGCUCACAAUCCGGAGGAUCUGCGCACGUUUGCCAGGCUGCUUCACUAUUUCCGGGGACGGCACCACUUGGAGGAGAUCAUGUACAAUGAGAACAUGCGCCGCUCCCACCUGCUUAUGCUCUUUGACAAGUUCCGUAGUGUGCUGGUGGUGACCAACCACGAGGACCCUGUCAUCUCUGUCUUUCAGUCCCUCCCUAAGUGAGGAGGGGGCAGCUUGCUUGGGCCAGGAAGGAACCGGGUGGAGUUCCGUGGCCCAAGGACUGAGACGCUGCUUUCUCAGGUUGUGAGGAAGCACCUUGUCCUUGAAAUUACAGAAGGCCUGUUCUUUGGGCCAGGAGCUUUCUCCCA